AUGGAUCUAUUCCGCAGAGGAGAGCUGGGGCUGCUGGGAGGAGGAGAGGGGCUGAGGGAUGACGUGGGCGUUUCUGGGAUCAGCUGGUCGGCCAAUCGGCUGCCAGAGGACAUGUACCCGGCGUCAGGAUUGGCCCUGGCCGCCGCCUAUCAUGACAUAAAGACCCGGCUUGCAAGUCUGGAGAGGGAGAACAGCAGCAUCAAGAGGAAGCUCAAACACUACGAGGUCAAGUUUCCUAUGAUCAGUGAAUUUGGAGAGGAGAGAAUAAUGUGCUGUUCCUGUGAGCCCAUCAUCAAGGAUGCCAGUGUAAUCCAAUCAGAGACCACCAACCUACAACAGAGGAUCAACUCUCUCACUCAGGAGCUGCAGAAGAGCAAGGAGAGAGAGGAGAGGCUGGAGGAGGUCAUUCAGGCUUAUGAGAAGAUUCACCUGGAGAAAAGCAAUGUCCAGAGAGACCUAGAUAAGAUGACAACUCUGGCAGAGCAGCACGUGGAGCGGAUCCACAGUUUGGAGUCGGCUCUCAGACAGAGAGAAACAUCCCUGCAGAAGCUCAGCGCUCAACUCCGCAGCAAAGACAAACAUCCGUCUCAGCUGCACACGAGCCUGGACGUGCCCAGAGAGGGCCGUGGGCCAACGCUACAGAGCUCGCGCAGUCUGGACGCCCUGUCAGACCUGAAGCUGCAGCGACUGGAGGCUGAACUGGAGGGGGCGCGGCACCAGGCCGAGGGAGCCUGCCAGAGGGAGAAGGAGCUGAGGGCAGAGCUUCAGAGGCUGCAGCAGGAGGUGGCCCAGCUACAGGAAGCACAGAGACAGUCACAGGACUUGUCCCCACACUGUGAGCACUGUGAUGUCGAGUGGAUAAAGAAAGCCGGGGACGAACAGGUGAACCUGGCGUUAGCCUACACUGAGCUGACAGAGGAGCUGGGCCGAGUUCGCAGUCUGGCCGUGAAACAGAGUGACCUUCUGCGACACGUGUCACAGGAGCCUGUCUCUCGUCCUCCCCCUCCUCCUCAGCGUCUCUCGCCCACCUCCCCCCAACGUCCUUCACUGUCCCCUGACAGGCUCCUCCCCACCACCUCUCCUCCUCUGUCCCCAAGUGAGGGCCCCGCCUCCUACUCCCAUCAGCCAACCAGCAGCCGCCUGCGGGCAAAGUUUCAGGGUCGGCGUAGUUACUCGGAGGUGUCUGACCCGUCAGCCAUCCAGAGACACCCGGCUCGCCUGAUGAGGGAUCCAGUGUCCACCCUACCCAAGCCCAGGUCUCUCCUGGGGGAGAUGCAGGGCUACGGCCACAACGCACCUCAGCUCCGGACCUCCUUGGUGGGCCUGGUCAGACCAGCCUCGGCUCACGGAGCUGGAGGGGAGAGAGGAGGGGGAGGGGGAGGGGAGAGAGGUGGGGGCAGCAGUCUGAGCAGCAGUCCUCAUCACUGUGCUCUGGACCUAGGCUUCCCUCUGGCUGCUGAGGUACAUCACUUCUGUCGCCUUGACGACCCGCCGGAGCCCACCCCGCUGGUGACACCACCACAGUCCUCUGAUGAUGAAGAGGAUGUAUGUACAUAUUUACCCCCCGCUGCCAGCCCGCCUCAGACACUUGGCGCAAUUGGGAUCGGCUCGUCGUCUCCUAGGGAACAGCCCCUACACCCCUCAUUCCCGUCUCCUAGGAAACAGCCCCACCAUCCCUCUUUCUCGGCCCCUGAGGGUCCCGCUACCCUCUCCUGCCAUCUGCCUCCCUACAUGAACACUGAGCAUGCUCAGUCAUGGCCAUCCAUUAACCUUUGGAUGGAGUCGGAAGAGAGUGCUGUUCGUAGCUGUCCUCUGUGUCAGCUGACCUUCCCAACUGGUUACCCUGACGAUGCCCUGAUCAAACACAUCGACUCCCACUUGGAGAACAGCAAGAUCUGA